AUGUCAGAGCCCAGCUCCAAGAAACAGGGAUUUAAAAAGUGCCGGAGUGCUACCUUCAGCAUUGAUGGCUUCAGCUUCACCAUCGUGGCCAAUGAGACUGGGCAGGGAGGAAGCAGUCCCAGGCCCCACCACAGCCGAUUUGCACGCUCCAAGUCCCAGAAUGCGCUGUGGAACGCCAUCACGGCCGGCAUUGGCAUCAAGGACAAGGACAAGCGUGGCAUCCUCAUUGACCCGCGCAGCCCCGAGGAGAUACUGGCGGAUGAGCUGCCCAUCGUCGACUCGCCAGACGCCAUGGAGAAGACUGCUAUCAGGUUGCGAUGCCUGGUGAAGCAGCUGGAACGAGGCGAGGCCUCUGUGGUGGACCUCAAGAAGAACCUGGAGUAUGCUGCCUCGGUGCUGGAGUCUGUCUACAUCGAGGAGACGAGGCGUCUGGUGGACACGGAGGAUGAGCUGAGUGACAUCCAGUCAGACUCGGUGCCCUCGGAGGUCCGUGACUGGCUGGCGGCCACCUUCACGCGGCAGAUGGGGCUGAUGCUGCGGAGAACAGAGGAGAAGCCGCGCUUCCGGAGCAUCGUGCACGCCGUGCAGGCCGGGAUAUUUGUGGAAAGAAUGUACAGACGGACAUCCAACAUGGUUGGAUUAAGCUAUCCGCCCAGCGUGAUCACCGUUCUAAAGCAUGUGGACACAUGGACAUUUGAUGUGUUCGCUUUGAAUGAUGCAAGUGGAGAGCAUGCACUGAAAUUCAUCUUCUACGAGCUGCUCACAAGAUACGACCUAAUCAACCGCUUUAAGAUCCCCAUCUCUGCACUGGUGUCCUUUGUUGAAGCACUUGAAGUGGGCUACACCAAGCACAAGAACCCCUACCACAAUCUGAUGCACGCGGCAGACGUCACACAGACCGUGCACUUCUUCAUGCUCAAGUCCGGCAUUGUGCAUUGGAUGACAGAGCUGGAAAUCUUUGCGCUGAUAUUCGCUGCAGCCGUGCAUGAUUAUGAACACACCGGGACCACUAACAACUUCCACAUCCAGACCAGGUCAGACAUGGCAAUCUUCUACAAUGACCGGGCCGUGCAGGAGAACCACCACGUGAGCGCUGCAUAUCGCCUCCUGCAGGACGACGAUGAGAUGAACAUCCUCUACAACCUGUCCAAGGAUGACUGGAGGGAGCUGCGGGCGCUGGUGGUGGAGAUGGUGCUGGCUACAGACAUGUCCUGCCACUUCCAGCAGGUCAAAGCCAUGAAGAACUUCCUGCAGCAGCCUGAGGCGAUUGACAAGACCAAGGCGUUAUCGCUGCUCCUGCACACAGCUGACAUCAGCCACCCGGCCAAGAACUGGGACCUGCACCACCGAUGGACCACCUCACUACUGGAGGAGUUCUUCAGACAGGGUGACAAAGAGUCGGAGCUGGGGCUGGCCUUCUCACCGCUCUGCGACCGCAAGUCCACCAUGGUGGCCCAGUCUCAGAUCGGUUUCAUUGACUUCAUCGUGGAGCCGACCUUCUCGGUGCUGACGGACAUGACGGAGAAGAUUGUGUCGCCGCUGAUCGACGAGGCCUCGCGCUCCGGCCUGGCGAGCUUCCGGCGCUCCAGCUUGAACAACAUCUCUCCAGAUGGCAAGCGUUCCAGUGUGAAGAGUACGGGCUCGGAGGGCAGCACGUCGCUCAACUGCUCGCUGCUCACCGUCGACUUCAAGAGCUUCAAGGCCACCUGGAACGAGGAGGUGCAACACAACCGGGACAAGUGGAAGGCACAGGCCACCAAAGACUUGGAGGAGAAGGCCAAACGGGAGGCAGAGGAGAAACCGAAACAGGAGGAGGUGGCGGAGGGGAAGGAGGGCAGGAAGGAGGAGGACGACGAGGACAAGGACAAAGACAAGGUCACGGAGUCCUCAGAGGCCACACAGGACAAGGACAAGGACACGAAUGCCACAAAGGACUCCAAAGACACGAAAGAAACAGCGGAAAGCACGGACAAGGGCGUGAAAACAAGCAAAGAGCGAGACAAAGACAAAGAGAAGGAGAGGGACAAGGGAAAAGACAAAGCAGCAGAGAAAGAGAAGAACAAAGAGGAGGAGAAAGAGAAGGAGAAAGAAAAGGAAAAGGACAGAGACGGGAGAGCGACAAAGGAGGAAGACAAAGAGAAAGGGAAGACGACAACAACGACGGAGGAGAGGAAACCGGAGCCGGCCUCGGAGGCCGCUGUUGCCCCGGCAAUGAAAGACCCCGUGGAGCAGAAGCCAAAGGAGGCCGAGGGCAACAAAGACCCGGGGGGGUCCUCGGGCGGACUGAAACCCGACCAGGGGGCCGACUCGCAGGGGGGGGCCUCCGCCUCCUCAGACCCAAAGCAGCCAGACACACACAGCAGCAGCAGGAGCACCGACAGCAGUCAGCAGGCCCAGACUGAUUCGGAGGAUGACGGACAGAGUAACCGUGGCGACUCUCCUGGUUCUCUGGGGGCCACCACAGCGUGCGCCGCGUCUGCGGCCUCGGCCGACGACGCCAACUAGCUCGCACAACUCUGCUGCGCACACAACACAUACGAUACGCACUCCUACAAACACACUCACACGCGUCAAAACUACACUACGCACAUGUAGACAAAUUCUCUUCUCCCUCUCUCUCUCUCUCUCCCUCUCUCUCUCUCUCUCUCUCUCUCUCUCUCUCUCUCUCUCUCUCUCUCUGCAAAGCCUCCCUCUCAGAUCCGUGGCAACAAAAUCAACGUCAACAGAUUAUUUGUACGUUUUUUUUCUGUGAAUUAUUAUUGUUUGUUUCUUUGGUGUCUUUUUUGUUUUGCCUCUGUCGGCUCACUAGGAGCCAUUGCCAAGGGGGUCACGACUGGGCACAGCCAUUGGACUGACAGCCAAGUUGCCCUGUCCAUUUCAUAAAGAGUGUGUGUGUGUGUGUGCGUAUGUACAUUCAUUCUUUCCACAAAGUAGUGAUCGUGUGAAGAAAGUAAAGGGUUGAAAGGAAGCUGAGGACUGGAUACAGACUGUAGUGGACCACAGAGAAUGCAAAGAAAGAGAGAAUAGGAGAGAGAGAGAGAGAGAGAGAGAGAGAGAGAGAGAGAGAGAGAGAGAGAGAGAGAGAAAGAGAGAGAGAAGGCAAGGCAGGGUUGCUCAAAGACUGAGACUGAGUGGUCUCAGGACCCUGGCGCCUUUUCCUGAUGGAUCACCCGUCCGCCUGCUUGCCCAUAUACCUAGUGCUGAAUGUGACAGCCACAGUGGAAGAACAAUCCAAUAAGGAAUGUCAACUUUGAUGCACAAAUUUAAACAAAAACAAAAAAAGAGAAAAUAUAUGUGUGUUCUUCUAAUGUCACAUUUUGAUUCAUUGACAGCAUUUACUGUAUAUAUAUACGUACUACAUCAACCUAGUUUUAUUUUUGUUUUCCUUUGUGUUUCACUGUGGAGAUUUUAUUUGCGUUUAACUGAGUGGAUGGUACUGCAACCUUCUGAGUUACGCUAACACUGUUUGAAAGUCUGAUCCAGGAUCAGUAGGCCUAUACUGCUUUAUAUUUUUGUAUUAUUUCUUCACAUGUAAAUAAGAGGGACGAAAAGGAGACGGCUUCUCUUUAACCUGCUGCACACAGCUGCUUGUGUCCCCUCAGUCUGUGCUCAGGUAUUGUGAUAUUUAUUUGGAGGCACAGUGCAAGUGUUUCCAGUUUGCCAUUGGAUUUUUGUUUCAGGAAGAGGAGUUUUGUGAUGUCCUCUUCCUGAUACAGGCUUUCUAUAGACUAGGUGUAACUCUAUAGGUGUGUCGACCCAAUAGUCUCGACCUAACUGAUGUCUGGUAACACAUAAGAAUAGUGGUCUUAUCAAAGCUUUAUUGAAACUUUGAAGCAUUAAAAAGACCGCUAUUCUAGUGUUACCAGACAUCUAUGAGGAUCCCUAGCUAAUGAGCGAGUCGAUGUGAAUUUGAUGUCUAGCUAAUUCCCUGUGUGUAAGUUCUGCAAACUGAUUCUAUGACGUUAAUCAGCAACGAAAAAAAGACAAGAAAAAUAUUUUGUAGAAAACUGAAAUCAAAGAUUUGAGAAAUAGCUUAUAUUUUUCUCCAUGAACAACCUUGAUCAUUUUUAUAUUUUACUGGUUCAACACUUCAUUCACUUUGUAUUUUUCAGUCAUGAAAUCUAUGUUACAUAUUAGCCCAUAUAUCAACACCUUGUACGUAUGAUUCAUAUCACACUAACCAUGCCUCUUUUGUUCUGGAGAGUCCCUCUCUCUCUCUCUCUCUCUCUCUCUCUCUCUCUCUCUCUCUCUCUCUCUCUCUCUCUCUCUCUCUCUCUCUCUCUCUCUCUCUCUCUCUCUCUCGAUUCUAUCUUCACAACCAGAUGUAUUUUCCUCAUACAUAUGUA